GGGGAAUGGGGUGAGGGAAGUGUCUGCGCACGCGCGGGCUGUGGAGGCGCGAGGCGCGCGGGCACGUGACCGAGGGUUGCGGCCGUUGGGCGGUGGCGGAGCGAGGCCGUGAGGGAGCGGCGAGGUGGCGGUUUCCCUGGGGAGCGACAGCCACUGCUGACAGCUUCACCUCCUGAAGUUCUUGAAGCCUGAAAUAACUUGGAGCCGUGGCUUUAUGCAGCCUUUCCUCAUUCUGAGGUGAGGAGGAUGGCUCACAUGCUGCCUCUGCCCAUUCCCUGCCCGGUGCAGCUCGGGAGUUUGAAAGGAGACUCUCUGGAAGCUCAACUGCAUGAGUACGUCCGGCAGGGGAACUGCGGGAAGGUGAAGAAGCUCCUGAAGAAAGGUACUUUUGUUGAUGCUGUGAAUUCCAUGGGCCAGACAUCUCUUUUCACUGCUGCCUUGUUAGGCCUUGGUAACAUAGUGGAUGUGCUGUUGGAUUAUGGCUCAGACCCUAAUCAUCGCUGUUACGAUGGAAGCACUCCGGUCCAUGCAGCAGCUUUCUCAGGAAAUCAGUGGAUUCUUAGCAAGUUACUGGAUGAAGGAGGUGAUCUAAGAAUGCACGAUGAAGGUGGGAAAAAUCCACAGUGCUGGGCUAUGUCAGCUGGAAAAGAAAGCAGUGCUCAGAUGCUGGAAUUCAUACAGCGUUGUACAUUCCACAUGCAGGCUGCCAUUCAGAAUUUUCCCUGUGAUCCUCUGAGGAAGAUCUGCUCAUCAAAAGCACUGGUUUCUAGUCCAUCCAGGUUUGGUGGCCUUGUUCAAGGAAACGUUGACAGUCCUCUGGGUAGAUUUCUGAAAGGUGGAGUUAAUGCAGCCAAGAACAUCUAUAGCUUUGGCUUUGGGAAGUUCUAUCUUGCAGGCAGCGGACAUCUUGGGUACUUGGCAUCUCUCCCUAUUAUUGGGGAAAAAGAAGUGGUUCAGGCAGAUGAUGAACCAAUGUUUUCUUACCAUGUUGGACCAUUCAUGAUCAUGACAAACUUGAUGUGGGGAAGCAGCAGAGUGACAGUGAAGGAACUCAGCUUUGAGCCCCAUCAGAACUGUAGUAAGCUGCGCUUAGCUGAUCUCCUCAUUGCAGAGCAGGAACACAGUAGUAAACUCCGUCAUCCACAUUUGCUGCAGUUGAUGUCUGUUUGUCUGUCCAGCGAUUUGGAGAAAACCCGUUUAGUGUAUGAGAGGGUGAACUUUGGGUCUUUGUACAGCGUCCUUCAUGAAAGGCGUACUGAAUUCCCAGUGCUGCGCAUGGAGACAAUUCUGCAUGUACUUCUUCAAAUUAAUGAUGCUUUACGUUUUCUGCACUCCCGUGGAUUUAUCCACCGGACAAUUACCUCCUAUGCUAUUCAGAUUGUUUCUUCUGGUGAAGCAAAGCUAUGCAACAUGGAAUACAUGAUAGAGAGCAAGGAUGGUGGAGAACACAGUGAUCUGACACGUAUUGCUGUCCCAGCCCAGCUGUAUAAGUGGUGCUCUCCUGAAGUCAUCCUUGAAAAGAAUGUCACGGUGAAAUCGGAUAUUUAUAGUUUCUGCACAGUAAUGCAAGAGGCCUUGACAGAGACCCUUCCCUGGAAAGGGGUUGAAGACUCGGUAAUUAAACAGCUCGUAAUUUCAGGACAGCAAUUAGAAGCAGAUGUCAGACUUCCUGUACCCUAUUAUGACAUUGUAAAGUCAGGGCUAGAACCUAAACAGAAGAACCGCUCCAUGAACCUUCAGGAUAUUCAGUACAUACUGAAAAAUGAUUUAAAGGACUUGACUAAGUCUCAGAGUUGUCAUGCUGAUGAAAUGUCAAAAGCACAGAGGCCUGCUGUUUUUGCAGAUAUAAACAUCUGUUUGUCAUCAACUUUUAGCUACCGGAAGAGAACAGUGGAAUUGAACGAAAAAGAGAUAACAGAGGCUGACAGCUCUGCUGCCCCAGGGUACCCUAGUUUUCCUAAAGAGAAUAAUGCUUUAGUGGACCUUGAGGCACCCACCAGUCUGCAGCCAGUUGCACAGGAAAACAGCCAUGAUGCAGCUUCUGAAACCCAGAUGACCUGCAGUGUCAGUGAUGUGGAUGACAGCCUCUGUAGCUUUGAAAUGAAUGAAGCCUUUGCCAGUUGUCCAGACUUUCAUGAUGACUUCCUGGAGGAAGGAGCUGAAUUAAGUCAAACGCUAAAGGAUAAAAAGAGGCAGCAAAGGGAGAAAGAUGAGGAUGUCCUCGGAGACCUAUUCGUGUCCCCUGGAAUGUACUGUGAGGAAAAGCCAGUUUGUGAGGAAAAGCCAGUUUAUGAGGAAGGCAGCAUUUCAGAAUCAUUUACAGAGUACACUACAGAAGAGGAGGAAGGGAAAAGUGAGGCCUCUGACCUGUACAUGCUGGCACGGGUGAGAGGAGAUGCUGGCAGAAGGAGGAGUAGUCUGUCGCGAAAUGAGCAGCACAUCAGUAAAUGUGUCCUUAAUUUAAAGAUUGUUCAGAGCAUGUUGCAGCAGGCAGCAGACUCCCUGUGCAGAACAGAGGAAAAACUGGACAAAUUAGAGGCAGCUGAAAAGCAAAGGAAGCUUCUGCAGGGAAUUUGGACAAAUCAGCUUUCUAAGCAAGUUUUUCAUGACAGACCCUGGAACAGAUCUGAUGAUAUUUACCAAAAUAACAGUAACCCUUUUUCUGGAGUUAACACUUUCUUAUGGAAGGCUAUAGGUCCACCGUCAAGUGACUACAUUCCACCUCUGGUGACACACCAGUCACAAGGAGCUCUGCAUGGAGAUGGUUUCCAGUCUGUUUCAAAUGUGACAGAGGAAAUGUGGGCAAUUCAGAAUGAGAAGUGCUUUCAUCGAAUGAGUAAGAGUAAAAAUGAAAACAACCAGCAUGAUCUCAGCUUCAGUGAGGUGAAAAGCCUUGAUGAUCAAGUGGACCUAGACCAUGAGCGUUUACUCCCACAUGUAUCUGUUAGAUGCAAAAAAAAGUUCAACUUGCAGCAUCAGAGAGGGAGUGACUCACGUUCUGCAGCAAGUGAAAGCGAAGAAGAGAGGUGGUGCAAUCCAAAACCAGCAUCUGAAAUCUGCAGCACUAAAAUAAAUGAGGAGAGAAGGAUGAGGCAACCAGAAUGGAGAACUGAAGUAAGGCAAAUGGCCAGAAAAGUGGCCUCAGGACAGCUAGAACUGAUCACUCCUUGUCUGCCCAGUGAUUGCACAUCUGAUAGUGAAGUGGAGAGUAUAAAGGAAGCAUUUCAACAUGUCACUAGUAGAGCCCAAAAAAGUCGAGACCAGCAAGGGUAUAGAUGGCAUACAGGUGACAAUGUUGAGCCUUGGGAUGUGGGCUGUGAGGAUGGAUCUGAAUCUGAGGAGAGUGAUCUGGAGUCCGUAUUCAGAAGUUCUGGAGGGGGAAGUUGCCGGUCACCAUCACAAGAUGAGCAGACAGAAUCUGGAGUAUCCAUUCCGAAGAACUCAGUCACUUUUCAGCAAAUUGAGACUGUCUCUAGAGGGCAUUCAAGAGAAUUACCUUGUUCCUUUAAUUCAUUUCCCAAUGUGUCUGAAGAAUUCAUGACUCCAGAUCCUGAUUGUUUUCUUCCUCCUGCUGUUCAGGGAAGCUCAGAUCUAGAGGUAAAAGACACAGACACGACAGGAAUUAAGUCUGUGUCACAAACACUGGAUAAACCGGUGCCUGAAGAUGGAGGAUCAGGUAUUCAGGUAUCAGGAGGAAAAAUAUUAUUCUGCGGCACAGCAGCACAGAACUCUGGCAGUAACACACGAGGAGUGAUUCAGCUUAGCCAUAUGCCUGUAGCCAGUGUUGAAGCAGCACAAGAAAUGAUAUCAAGGGAGCUGCAGGAGGACUCCAAAGGAAAAGACAUAUCAGUGACAGAUAUUCAGGAUUUGUCAAGUAUUCCCUGUGAGGAAGAGAACUACUUCAAGGAUAUAAAUUGUAAAACGCCCGGAGUGAGUCACGCACCACCGAGUGUCAGCACUCCAAUCAGUUCAGGGGAAAAAAUUCCAGUAGCAUCUGAGAAACACGAAUGUUGCCAUGAAGUAGCUUUGGAUUCUUCCUUGUGCAUUUGUCAGGAGGUUUCCUCUGCGGUGUCCAGGACAUUCACCACAGCCUAUGAAGAGGAAAGGAGCACUGAAAUUCUCUCUGCCUCUCCAGGUGUUUGCUCCUCUGAAUUGAAUGAGCCUGAUGGGCUGUCAGUUGUUGCUCCAUCUUCGAGAGGCACCAGGAAGGCAUCUGUGCUCACUCAGGCACCUGUCCACCUCGUUGAUGAGCUCCCUCCACCAGCCCAAGAGCUGCUGGAUGAAAUUGAUUCUGAUCGAAUUAAAAUGGAAGGCGCAGAGGCAAAAAAAGAAAUUGAGAUAAGCAAGAAGCGUGAUUGUAGUGUGUGGAUUAUGGAGACAUCUCAUCUAGCAGAGGAAACAGAAAGGGCUCACUCUACUCUUGACGACGUUUUAGAAAGAAUUCUCUGUGCUGCUUCUGCAGAUGAGCAAAUUCAAGAACAGCAACAACAAGAUGAGGAAAAUCAGGGACAUGCCUUUGGGGCUGCAAGCCUGAAAGAUCCACGAGAUGGUGGAAGGAAGAAGGGAGCAGAGGAAGGCAGAGCUGGGGCCCGAAGCAGCGCAGCAGACGGCUGUGCAGGAAGUUCAGAAGGCAAGCACUCUGAAGAUCAGAAAUUCCACUUACGGGAACAGCAGUCUUCAACUUCUCCAUUCAGGAUAAUUGUUUUGGAUCAGAACGGUUCUCCUACAUGAUAGGAAUGGAAAGUGAAUACAUCUUAAUAUAUCAGCUGCUUACUACUGCUGGUACAGUAUUCAGCCUGUGAACUGCAACCCUUUUUUGGUCACAGAGACUUUUAAUGCUCAAACUUCUUUUAUCUGCAGCAGCAAGUACUGAAAAAAUCGUCGUGCUUUAUUUUAUAGUGCAGUUUAUAGUGUUCUUUGGUGGGGUUUUUUUUGCCACCAUUUUAUAUCAGUUAUACUGCAAAAGUGAUCUGUUCUCUGAAUAGAACACCCUUACUAAGCUGGCUGUUUGUUUUUCUGUAUGCACAUUUUCAUAAGCAAAAGAAUUUUUUUGCUCUUUUGCAUUACACAGUUUUCAGUGUUACGGACAAAAUGACUGUAAUUCUGUGAGCUGCUGUUACUGCUCAGGCUCUCAUCUAAUUUUUCCUUGCUGGAGUGUGGAGCGCUGUGUUGCAGCCCACGUGGUGUAUGUUUUUCCUUGCUCAUUAAAUUUAACAAGGGCAAUUUCUUGUUUUCUCUUCUCUUAGUGCUUUUGUGAUGUAGCGUUGAACUGAUUUGACUGAUAAGAGGGAUUAAUUGCUGUGCAGAAAGUUAAUGAGAAAAAAGCAGUGUUCUUUCAGAGAUGCGACUGCACCAAUAUUUUCCCUGUCAGCAUUCAACAAGAAUAUAGAAAAGUUAGCAUUACUGAGAUAGCUAUUGUUUAAUUAAACCACACUUUUGUUAGGCCUCAUCCAAAAAAGGUCCCUGGGGAGUAACUGAGUUUUGGAUCAGGCUUUUGAUGGGCACAGCAAGUUCAUGUUUGACUGUUCUCGUGGUUGACACUGUUCAGGUGCAGGAUGGGUAAAGAUUGUCCUUGUCCUAUUGAACACAGUGCAGUUCUGUGGGCCUUCUUACAGUUUCGUGUACCACAGGUUUCUUUUCCAUCCUUGUUCAAGGAGGGAAAUUUUGCCUAUCUGUAACUGUUAGUUAAUUUGGUUUAAUGAUACUAAUAAAAAUUUCUAAGCUUAAUGUGCUGCAAUGCAAUUAUUCUGUUUUGUACUUGUUACUGUUAUUUCCUACAAUCAAGUUGUGUAUACAGCUAGACACUGAGUAGAUGCUGCAAACUAGCGCAGCUGUGGGAGCUUUCUUCAGAAUAAAUCAAGAAAAAACAGAUGUCUUUUAUCCAUUUAGUCAACUCCUGGUGGUGAUAGGUCAUAAGGACCAGCAGCAAGGAGGUACAUGGGGUAUGAGCAGUGUAAGUGCAUGGGAAAUAGUGUUCAGUGCGUUAGACAAUUCCACGUACAAGUUUAAUAUUUUCUAAUCUGGGCUCAUGUCAGGUACAGUUUCCUCCAUGUGUAGGGGUUCUGCAUCCUCGCUGCAGGCAGAGGAGCAUCAUACUCUUGAUACACAAACUGCUGGAAUAAGACCCUGCUCUGCACAGGCCGGGGGCUGUGGGGAGCCUUGUGUGGCAGCUUGUUGCAAGGAACGUAUGGUAGUGACAAAUGCAUGCAGAAGUUAAAUCACAAGUUUGCUGUGUGAUCCUGUCCUUGUUACCCAUAGCUGAGAAGUGCCUGAGGACCUUUACCUCUCGCUCUGGGCAGUGUUUAUGCAGUUUAUUUGUGUAUCACAGCCUUGAUGAAUUAAAGGAAAAAUGGCUAAAACUUGCUGGUCUGCAGCAGUGCAGUGGAGUGGAGCAAGCACACGUGAGUUUUAAUGCACAAUGUAAUUAAAAUCACUCUGGUUUGCAACAUGUGAGAUUUUCCUUAGCUUCUUGGAUUUUUUUUUUCCUGCUUUAUCUAUCGAACCAAAUGGUGAGCAGACUGUGAACCAUUUUCCUAUCUUUUUUUAAUCUUAAUGUGGAGAAUUUUUAUUUCUGUUGCUAGAGAACCUUUCUAGCAGUCCAUAGCCUGUCUGCUCUCCUUAUCAAGGCCGGAACACAGCAGUUGGAGAUUUCGGCUGUUAAGCUGCUUGUACUUUUCCAGAAUUAAGUUUAGCAUGAAUGUAAAUCAUCCUAAUAACAUAAAGCAUGGACACAAAAGCUGUAAUUAACAGGAAGCAUAAAACAAGGACCGACGAAAGACAGCAGAGAAGAUCAGAGGCGGCCCAUCUAAUGCUGCUUUUCAGCUUGCCUGAGAAUGAGAGGCCAAUUAAUUAAAUUAAAACGGUGAUACUGAGCUGUUCUGAUGCCUCUCUGAGGCACUAGCCUGUGAGCCAUUUUGCAUGUAGGAAACCAAGGGAGGAGAGGGGGAAGCUGGGACACAGGGAUGGGAACUGGGUGAGGAUGGGUGUCCUGUCCUCCCGCUGCUGUGGCUUUGGAGGCCCUUGCUGGGAGAUCAGUGACCUUUCCUUACUGCCUUAAAUAUAGAUAAAAUAAAUACCUUUGUGUCUUUAACCUUUCUUGCCGUGUUGAUCUUUCCCUUUAUGAGAGUGUCUGGGGCACUUGCAAUGAGAGCAGCAGGUCCAGCUGUAAUAGCUGCAGGUAAAAUGUUUUCUGUGGGACCCUCUACCAGCCAGUAAAGCAGAUGAAGGUGAUACAUACAGCCAGACCGCACUCGGCCAAGCUUGUGAUUUGUUGCCUGGAGGAAGAGCAGCUGCAGUGUUUCAUCUUCCUGAUCCCCUGAGGAUGCAGGUAAGGACGAAUUCUGCAGCCUUCACAUGGUAGCAAAACAUCGGUAUCAAACAUGUCACAAGGCGGGCGCGACGACCACCGCUCUGCAUGCAGCUGGGAUGCACGGACAGUCCGCUUAGAAAAGGCUUCGGUACAAAGUGAGGAGCAGCAGGAUGUGCUCCAUCCCAUCACUUCUUGACGGCCACUUUGCACAAGCUCCUGCACCCCAAAAUCAGCCCCUGGCAGCAUGGGGCCGGAGCACCCGCGGGAGCAUCCUCGUGGGCACGCUGCUGGCAUUCCAGUAAAAUCCAUGCAUAUCUGUAGAAUGCAUUACAAAUAUGAAGUUAUUAAAAAAGACCCUAUGAACGUUUCCCCCCUUUGCCCACCCCUCCCCCCCCCAUAUCAAACAUAUGGAGUAACGCUAUCGGAACUUGGAAAAGUCCACAGAGGUUUCCAGAGAUCUGAUUGCUUUCUGAAAGGAAGUCGCCGACACCCACGCGUACACGGCUACACGGUUCAGAAGCUGGAGGGAAGAGAUUGAGACCGGACGGGACAGCAGCUCUUCCGAAGGAACUGUGGUUUAAAGGCUUCCGAAAUUUCUGGCAAGGUGCAGCAUUUGGCAGAGUUCUGACCUGUUGGGUUUCACACGAGAGGCAGCGGGGUGGGAUGCAGCAGCCGGCCCUGCUCUGUGCCAUACCUGGGGGUUUGGGCUGGAAUCAGCGUGCUACAGAGCACACCAGGCUGAGCAUCCCCGCGAGUGGAUCUGUGCAGCUCGCCAUGGGAACGCCUAUGGCAUGGAAGGCAGUGGGAAAAGAGGAGCAAUAGGAAAAUCCAGCCUAUGAGCCAGAACUCCUGACAAAACAACAGGACCCAAGCUCUGCUGGGAAGCUCCAGGGAAGGGUUUGUUUGCAGGGAGAGCAGCACGAGGACAGAAGGAGCGGUCCCCGCUGCAUAUCUCAUAGCAGCUACCAGGGAGGCCGAGCUGCAUUGUCAGGACGAGCACAACGUUUCUGGAAGAAAAGCAAACAGUCUUCCCAUGAUACUAGAGAACACAGUCGUUCCGACGGAGGAGCUUUAAAUGCAUAAAAGACGGCUUAGGCCCAAACCACAAAGACUGACAAACCACCAGGAACAGGGCACGACGGCCUCAGUAAAAUAGUUCCAAGUUUUAGUGAUGCCUUUUGCUCAUAGUAGAUACACAAACGAAGACUGAUGCAUUCAUUUUUGCCACUGAAUUGCAAGGCAGCAAGAAGGCAGUCAAACCAGUGCUUCAGCCGCUCGCCUUUGGCAUUGAUUCCCAGCACAACUCCACCUUGAGAGAGACAGAGAGAAGAGG